AUGGCGGCGCCGAAGAUAAUCGUGCUGGGCAGCCUCAAUGGCAACCUCGAGCCCGCUUUCAAGAAGCUCGCCAGCCUGCACGCGAAAAACUCCUUUGCGCUCGCCCUCCUCACUGGCGACGUCUUCACGCCCGAGACCGACGACUCCGUCAUCGAUGCCCUCCUCGACGGCGCCUACGCCCUCCCGCUGCCGACCUACUUCACCGUCGGCACGCACCCGCUGCCCGAGCGCAUCGCCGCCAAGGUCCAGGCCGACGAGUCGGAGAUUUGCCCCAACCUGCACUUUCUCGGCAAGCGCAGUGUGACCAAGACCUCCGAGGGCCUGCGCAUCGUCAGCCUCGGCGGCGUGCUGGACCCCAACCUCGUCGGCGGCGCGUCCAAGGAGCAGCACCUGCCCUACUACACCGGCGACGACGCCAAGAGCCUCAAGGGCGCCAACAGCGCCGACAUCCUGCUCACGGCCUCGUGGCCGGCGGGCGUCUGGCACGGCUCCAAGGUCGCCCUCGACGCGGCGCACAGGAGCCAGGUGCCCGCGAGCCAGGGCAUCGCGGACCUCUGCGCCGCGCUCAAGCCCCGGUACCACAUCUCCGCCUCCCCCGGGCCGUUCUUCUACGAGCGCGAGCCUUUUGUCCAGGCCCUCGCCGAUCCAAAGUCCGACGUCAUUCCGAUAACCCGCUUCAUCUCCAUGGCGCCGUACGGCAACGAGGCCAAGCAAAAGGCCAUUUACGCCUUUAGCCUCAACCGCUCCGACAAUGCGGUGCCGCCUGGCGCGACGGCCUCACCACUCCUGCAGCCCCGCGACAAGAAGCGCCCGCGCGACAACGACAACGACGAAGGCGGGUCGUACAGCCGGUACGGCAACCACCACCACAACGACGGCGCGCACGGCGGACGACGCCAGAAGCGUCACCGCCAGCAGCAGCCGCCGCCCGGGCCGGACCAGUGCUUCUUCUGCCUGUCCAACCCCAGCAUCGCCACGCACAUGGUCUGCAGCAUCGGCGACGACGCCUACAUCACCACCGCCAAGGGCCCUCUCCCCACGCCCACCACGUUCGCCGAGCACGGCAUCGCCUUCCCCAGCCACUUCAUCAUCAUCCCGCUCCCGCACACGCCGACCCUCGCCGCGCUCGGCGCCGCCGCCGACCCCUCCAGCGAGGCCUCCAAGGCGCACCGCGAGAUGACGCGCUUCCGCGCCUCCCUCCAGUCCAUGGUCGCCGCAAAGUCCCAGCGCAAGCUCGGCGCCGUCACCUGGGAAAUCAGCCGCGACCGCAACGUCCACCUCAUCUGGCAGCUCGUCGCGCUGCCCGCCGACCUCAUCGCCAGAGGCCUCGCCGAGGCCGCCUUCCGCGUCGAGGCCGACAACCACAAGUACCCGGCCUUUGCCACCAGGGAGUCUGCGUCGCUCGCCGAGGAUGAGGCCGCGUCCGGCGGCGGGGACUACUUUCGCGUCUGGCUGUGGUGCGACAGCGACGGCGACGACGCCAUCCACAGCAAGACGCUCGUCAUGCCCCUCGACAGGGACGCGCGCUUCGACCUGCAGUUUGCGCGCCGCGCGCUGGCCAAGCUGCUCGGGCUGGAGCGGCGCGUCGUCUGGCAGGACUGCCAGCAGACCGAGGAGGAGGAGACCAAGGAUGCAGAGGCGUUUCGGGAGGCGUUUAAGGAAUGGGAUUUUACCUUGCAAUAG